AGAUUCGCACCUCAAAACUCAAAAGCAAUCAACUUCAAAAUGACUUCUCUUUUCUUCUUAGUUUUCCUUUUCUCAUCUCUUCUCACACGAAAUGUUGAUGCCGAUCCAAAUUACAUAGACGCUCUCUCCAAGUCAUUGCUCUUCUUCCAAGGUCAGCGGUCCGGUCCCCUCCCAACAGACCAAAAAAUAUCAUGGAGGGGUAACUCCGGCGUUAACGAUGGCUCCCUAGCCAAUGUGGAUUUAACUGGUGGGUACUACACCGAAGGAGACAACGUCAAACACAAUUUCCCAAUGGCGUUUACCACCACAAUGCUUUCAUGGAGCACACUUGAGUACGGCGGCCAGAUGGGUCCUGAGCUCCAAAACGCACGUGUUAGCAUCCGUUGGGCCACGGAUUAUCUGCUUAAGUGUGCUACAAAAACUCAGGGUCAGCUUUAUGUUGGGGUAGGAGAUCUUAGUGCUAAUCACCCAUGCUGGGAACGGCCUGAAGAUAUGGACACACCUCGUACAGUCUAUUCUGUAUCCGCUUCUAACCCCGGUUCUGACGUGGCAGCUGAAACCGCAGCAGCUCUGGCUGCAGCUUCUAUGGUUUUCAGAGAAGUUGAUCCUCAGUACUCGACUUCACUGUUGGCAACAUCUAAGAUUGUGAUGGAGUUUGCCAUGCAGCACCAAGGAAGUCACAGUGAUGCCCCUCCUCCGAGGUUCCGUACUUUCUACUACUCCUACUCUGUUUACAAGGACGAGCUAAUGUGGGGUGCGGCCUGGCUGCUGAAAGCAACCGAUGACUUGAAUUACAAAAACUUCAUAGAAUCUCUAGGAGGUGGAGAACAGACUGACAUCUUCAACUGGAACAACAAAUAUUCUGGCGCUUAUGUUCUUCUUUCACAGCGAGCAUUAGUUAACAACGACAGCAACUUUGAACAAUACAAGCAAGAAGCUGAGAGUUUCAUAUGCAAGAUCCUCCCAAACACUCCCUCUUCGUCUACCAGUUACACUUCAGGAGGCUUGAUGUACAACUACAAGUUACCUGAUAGCAACCUUCAACACGUAACCGCCAUAACAUUCUUGCUCACAACCUACGCCAACUACAUGAAAGCCACACAACACAGAUUCUACUGCGGAAACUCCGAUGUCAUCGUCCCCGACGUCUUGAUAAAGGUAUCGAAGCAGCAAGUGGAUUACAUACUCGGCGAGAAUCCCGCCAAGAUGUCGUAUAUGGUUGGAUACGGACCUAGCUUCCCCAUGAGAAUCCACCACAGAGGGUCUUCUAUUCCUUCACAAGCACACCCCAACUGCACCGAAGGAAACCAAUUUUUAUAUACUCCAAACCCUAACCCUAACAUUCUCACGGGAGCAAUCGUAGGGGGGCCAGAUGAGAAGGAUGAGUAUCUAGAUAAGAGAGACGAUUACAUUCACUCGGAACCUGCUACGUACAUUAACGCCCCCUUCGUCGGAACUUUGGCGUACUUCGCCUCCGGUGGAUCGGCUUGAAACCGUCUGGCCGAAGCCGGAUGUGACAAUAUGAAAUUUAUCAAGUAACUAGAGAUUGACCCGCCCUCAAGAAGGCGGGUAUAUGUUUUGUUUUUUAUUUUUUUAUCUCAUAUAAUAUGUUUGUGUGUUUGUAUAAUCAUAUUUUCGUAUGAUAUGCAUUUAAUAGAAUAUAUAAUUUUGUAAGUAUAUUAAAUAAAUCAAUUUUCAUAAGCAUGUAUUUGUGUCAUGUACGUUUGGGAAAUUAUUUUUAAUUGUUAUUCAUAAAGUUUGCAAGA